UGACAUUUUGUUAAGCCGUACUAAUUUAGGAUUAAGUCAUGAAUAUGAGGGUUAAUAAAAAUCUCUGUGCAAAAUAAGUUUUGCUUCUUAGCUUUUCAACAUUUCUAUUGCAUUCAUUAUAAAUUGGAGGCUUUGUUUUUUCCUUUAUCUGGUGGGAGAAUGGGAGCAACUGCGAGAGAAUGAGAGACAUACAGUAGAUAGAGAGAGAGAGAGAGACAUUCUAAGAGGCUUUUCUGGUUCAAUCCCUCUGUAACUGUCACAAGCAGUCAGUCAGUCAGUCACCUGUAGAUGAUGUUACUGAAAGCACUGUAGGCAGCAAAGUUCCUACUGUUUCUCAAUGAAUAGUUAAAACAGUUUACCAACUCAAGAUUAAAAAGCUCCCGCAGCAGCCAGAACAGACAUUUUAAAGAUGUUGAUCUGGUAAAUUCUAUUAAUUAAAACCUCAUAAUAUAAGAAAGUAUUUAUAGAACUCUGUUGUUGUACUACCAUGAUAAAUAAUAGUGCCACGGUAUACAAGCCACUCCUAAAUUUAAGUGUGACAAACUAAUUAGACAGCAUUACGUCUUUAAAAGUUAUUCUCUGUCUCAUGUCUCAAAGACAGGAAGUUUGUACGUAUUCUGGGGUUUGACCUUGUCUCAUUCAGCUCUGUCUACACACACACACGAACACAGAACGUCACAACAUGGUAAUCUCCUGUGAGGAAAGUGUUUUCAAGUGUCAUCUUGACCCAUCUUCUCUUCCUCAGUACUACUACCUACACUCCACCCAACACCCAUCUCACCCCACCCCAUUCUGCAUUAAUGCUCCCAAUCCUCUUUGUGGGAGAGUGACGUCUGCUACUGUCAGAAACAGAGUUAAGCUCAGCAGGCAUCAGGAGAAUAGAGUAGAGAGAAGCUCCCAGCCGUAGGGAUAACCAAGCAAGUUCUGGACCUCCAGGGGGACGAAUCUCUGCUGCCUAAGCAAGGCUUGACUCUCUUUCCCAGGGGCUGCUUGUUCCUUUAGCUGGGGAGCGUACAGGAGAUCUAAAUUUUCUGUGCCACGAUAGCGACCUUCAUCAACAGGUGGGCAAAAAAAACUAUCCACUGUCCGAGGGCCUUAAUGGCCUCCAUGGAUAAGUAAUAACUAACCGGAAUACAAACUCAGCCUUGGACAAUUUGUUUAGGAUCUUUUGUUGCUGUUUCUUCUAUUUCCUACAGGUUUGUCAUCUGCAAGUCUUGAGCGGCAUGAUAGCUUACUCCCAUAUCAGGUGUGUCUGAAAGGUGUUUGUGUGAACAUGCACUCAAAGCAUUGACUGCGUUAGAGUGUGUCUCCCGGGGUUUGCUGAGGCCACUGUUUACUUGCAGCGUGAAGGCGUGAUUCUAUUUGUGUGUAUGAAACAAGUCAAAAGUGCUUAAAGAGUGUGUGAUAGGUGGUUAGGCACCGUGGAGGUCAGAGCCCUGGAUUUCAUAGAGAUGGAAGGUCAUGCUUAUGACCGCUUUGGAGAUGGAGAAAGGGACAGCUACCUCAUUGACUACCGAAGGAUUGUUGGAGACAUGGAACCAGCACGGCCACGGCCCUCAAACAGAGAUGGGGAGCAACCUCACCCGUAUGGGGGAUAUGCCCACCCUGUGCUACAUGGACAUGGAUAUGAGACAGCAGCCCAGCGAUACAGCGCUACACGUAUUCAAGCUGGGUAUGAACCAGAGAGCAUGGCUGACUACUUGAUCAGCGGGGGUACGGGUUACGUUCCUGAGGAUGGACUCACAGCACAACAACUUUUUGCUAUCGGCGACGGACUUACAUACAAUGACUUCUUGAUCCUCCCCGGUUUCAUAGAUUUCACUUCUGAUGAGGUGGAUCUAACUUCAGCACUGACACGAAAGAUUACCCUGAAGACGCCUCUCAUUUCAUCUCCUAUGGAUACAGUCACGGAGUCAUCCAUGGCCAUCGCCAUGGCACUGAUGGGAGGGAUUGGAAUAAUUCAUCAUAACUCCACUGCUGAGUUCCAGGCCAAUGAGGUGCGCAAAGUGAAGAAAUUUGAGCAGGGCUUUAUUACAGAUCCAGUGGUAAUGAGUCCCCGUCACACAGUAGGCGAUGUGUUCGAGGCCAAGCUACGCCAUGGUUUCUCUGGGAUCCCGAUUACAGAGACUGGCAAGAUGGGCAGCAAGCUGGUCGGCAUAGUUACCUCCAGGGAUAUCGAUUUUCUUUCUGAGAAGGACCAUGACCAACCCCUUGAAGAAGCAAUGACAAAAAGAGAAGAUCUAGUUGUUGCACCAGCUGGAGUCACACUAAAAGAAGCUAACGAUAUACUGCAACGUAGCAAAAAAGGUAAGCUCCCCAUAGUUAAUGACAACGACGAGCUCGUCGCCAUUAUCGCUAGGACUGACUUGAAGAAGAACAGGGAUUAUCCUCUGGCUUCCAAGGACUCUCGUAAACAGCUGCUGUGUGGAGCCGCCAUCGGUACCAGGGAGGACGACAAAUACAGACUGGACCUCCUCGUGCAGGCUGGAGUCGAUGUUGUUGUCCUGGACUCUUCUCAAGGAAACUCAGUCUAUCAGAUUAACAUGAUAAACUACAUCAAGCAUAAAUAUCCCGAACUACAAGUGGUUGGAGGAAAUGUGGUGACAGCUGCUCAGGCCAAAAACCUCAUAGAUGCCGGUGUGGAUGCCCUGAGGGUGGGAAUGGGAUGCGGCUCUAUCUGUAUCACACAGGAAGUAAUGGCGUGUGGACGGCCCCAAGGUACAUCAGUGUACAAGGUCGCGGAGUAUGCCAGACGUUUUGGAGUGCCGGUAAUCGCUGAUGGAGGCAUUCAAACUGUUGGACAUGUGGUAAAAGCUCUUGCCCUGGGAGCAUCUACAGUGAUGAUGGGGUCAUUGCUGGCGGCAACUACUGAAGCUCCAGGAGAAUAUUUCUUUUCCGAUGGUGUACGCCUGAAAAAGUACAGAGGAAUGGGCUCCUUAGAUGCCAUGGAGAAAAAUAACAGCCAGAAACGCUACUUUAGUGAGGGAGAUAAGGUAAAGGUGGCUCAAGGUGUUUCGGGGUCAGUACAAGACAAAGGCUCCAUUCAAAAGUUUGUUCCUUACCUCAUUGCUGGCAUCCAACAUGGCUGUCAGGACAUAGGAGCCAAAAGUUUGUCCAUUUUACGGUCAAUGAUGUAUUCUGGAGAACUGAAGUUUGAGAAGAGGACCAUGUCGGCUCAGAUGGAAGGUGGCGUCCACGGGCUUCACUCUUAUGAGAAGCGGCUUUAAUGAAACGGGUGGAAGAGGAAACACCCGAUCGGGACCCAACGUCCCGACCCCAGCAGCUAUGAGCAGAUGCACCGGGCGCAUGUGAUCAGAAUGCAAUGCAUGAAGCUCCUGUGACUUCUACACUCUAAAGUUUAAACAAAGCUAUUCUUUGACCUUCUGUUCACUGGUGUCCCAGCUCUGACCCCCAAAACAACUCUCUUUAAGUUCAAAGAGCCUAAAAGGAUAGAGCCAAAGAAUAGAGUUUUAGAGGAUGGUCACAAACUCUUAAUCUGUUGUUCUCCCUCUCAGGUCAAGGUGUAGAGGGAAUCCUGUACUUACCUAUUCUGUUGUUCCCUUUCAACAAGAAAAAGUAUGGAACAAACUUGUCAUGAUAUAUCGGCUUGAUAGAGAAGAGUACAGCCAUAUAUUUCCUUGUUCAUUUACUACAUUUACUAUUUUUUUUGCAGGAAAUCAAGUAAAAGCGCACAGAGCUAUAAUCACAUACUUUUAGUUCUCUUUCUCUCUUAUAUAUAACAAUAACAAGCGAAGUGUACUAAUAAACACAGAAAAGUAAAAUUCUCAGAAUGUUUUUAGUGCACAGGUUUGUCCCUCAAGUCAUUUCUCUGCUCCGUCACGGUGAGCUCUGUGCUGCUCUGUCAUAGAAGGGACAAGAAAAGCAUCAGCCUUAAUUUAUAAACGAGCACUCCAAAUAGGGAUUGACAUCAAAAAGCAAUUUACACUCUCACCUGGAACUUCACUCUUAUUUUAAUGUUAUUGCUUGAUUUAAAGGAGAGU